AUGAAUUGCUGGGAGUUUCUGCUGGUGGCCUGGAGCACUUGCUUCUUCAGUGUGCCCAGUGAUGGCUUACAACGGAUUGUUCUCAAGAAAAUGACCUCAAUCCAGGAAAACAUGAAGAUCAGGGGCAAGGAUUUGGAGAAUUUCAACAUGGAAUGGAAUACAUAUGUCAAGCAGCUGUCCCUGCUUAAUGUAAUAUCCCCUGUUGUCCUCACUAAUUUUGAAGAUACCCAGUAUUAUGGUGAAGUCAAUAUCGGCAACCCACCCCAAACCUUCCAAGUUGUUUUUGAUACGGGCUCUGCUGACUUUUGGGUGCCCUCCAGCAGAUGUAGUCCACUCUACACAGCAUGUGUGUUACAUAGUCAAUACGACUCCUCCAAAUCCUCUACUUAUAAAGAGAAUGGGACUGAAUUCGGCAUCCACUAUGCAUCGGGCCAAGUCAAGGGCUUCCUGAGCCAGGAUACAGUGACUGUCGGUGGGAUCAAAAUGACCCAGUUGUUUGGUGAGGUCACAGAGCUGCCCCUGAUGCCCUUUGGACUGGCCAGGUUCGAUGGCGUCCUGGGCCUGGGCUACCCUGCCCGAUCAAUGAGCGGAAUCCUUCCUAUCUUUGACAACAUCAUUUCCCAAGGGGUGCUGAAGGAAGAAGUCUUCUCUGUCUACUACAGCAGGAAUUCCGAGAAUUCACAUCUGUCAGGUGGAGAGAUUGUACUAGGAGGCACCGACCCUAACUAUUACCGAGGGACCUUCCACUAUGUCAACAUCAGCCGUCCAGGUUUCUGGCACAUCCAGAUAAAGGGGGUGGCUGUCAAGUCCAACGUGCUGUUCUGCCAGGAGAUUUGCACGGCAGCUGUGGACACUGGAGCUUCCUUCAUCACAGGUCCAACCAGCUCUAUGAAGAAACUAAUGAAGACACUGGGAGUUAAGGAAGUAGGGCACCAGUAUCUUGUAGAAUGUGACCUGGCGCCCACGCUGCCUGAUAUCUCCUUCUACCUUGAUGGCAAGGCCUUCACCCUCCACAGUUCUGACUAUGUCUUAGAGGAUAUGAACAGCCGCAAUAAUUUCUGCUUGCUAGCUUUCCGUGGCCUGAAUGUCCCACCCCCCACAGGACCUCUAUGGAUUCUGGGAGCAACCUUCAUCCGAAAGUUCUACACUGAAUUUGACCGGCACAACAAUCGCAUUGGUUUUGCCUUGGCAGCCUAACCUGCCUCUGCCCAUAGCCCAGGUCAUGGGGCCAAGAGACAGAGGGAGAUGUUACCUAUGGCUGAGCCCACAUCCCUAUUAGAUCCUGCUUUCUCCCUGUUGUGCUUGGU